AUGUCUGACGACUGGAACUCCGUUACCAAGAUUGGUAGCCGUACCCGUGGUGGCGCUGCUGGGCCGCGCGAGACUGUCGUCAAGGGCAAGUCUGCGCUGAAUGCUGCCCAACGAGCCGGCGGCAUCAUUGCCACAGAGAAGAAGUACGCUUCUGCCAAUACCGGCACUGCCUCUGCUAGUCAAGAAGGCCAGCGUCUCACCAAAGUCGACCGCUCCGACGACAUCGUCAAGCCCAAGACGGUCGGCAUCGUCGUUGGUCAAGCCAUCUCCAAAGCGCGCUCCGAAGCCAAGAACGACAAGGGAACCACAAUGACACAAAAGGAUCUCGCCACAAAGUGCAACUCAACGCCCACAAUCAUUGCCGACUUCGAGCGUGGCACUGCGGCACCCGACCAGAAACUGCUCGCGAACAUGGAGCGCGUGCUCAAUGUUAUCCUCCGCGGCGACAAGAUUGGACAACCGAAGUUUCCUAACAAGAAGAAGUGA